AUGUUUGGGUUCACGUCGCCGUCCGCGUCAAUCGCGAUGCCUUGGCCACCGUCGGCCGACGCGCUGCCGCCGCUGGACCUCGCUUCGCCAGCCCUCGACCACGCGCGCGGCGCUCGGAACGUCUACAAGUUUGGUGGCACCUCGGUAGGGUCGCCAGAUCGCUUGUUCCAGCUCGUGUCAUUGGUCAAGGCCGAGCGCCGUCGCGUGAUCGCGGUCGUGGUGUCGGCCAUGGCCAAGAACACGGACUUGCUGCUCGACGCGGCGGCGCUCGCGGCGGCUGGCAACAUUGACGCUGCGCUCCUUCUCAUCGACCGCGUCCAAGCCAUCACGGUGCAGAACGCCAACGUGACGCAGACGCGCAUCUUGGGCGACGGCCACGCAUCGUUUGCCGACAUGACGGACGAAAUCAUCGCGUUCCACGUGCCUCUGCGACAGCUGUUGCUGGGCAUGAGCCUCUUGCGCGAGAAGACGCAAGCGGCGCUCGACACGAUCUUGUCGUUUGGCGAGCGCAUUUCGGCCACAAUCGUUGCGGUACAGUCGACUGUUGACGGCGAACGGUGUCCCUGCUGCUUUGUGGAUGCUCGGACGUGGGUGACUACCGACGCUACCUUUGGCAGCGCGGCCGUCGACUUUGAGGCGUCCAAGACCAAGCUGCUCGCGCUUGCAACUACGUGGGGCGACCGUCUUCCCGUCAUAACGGGCUUUAUUGGCCAGUCGACCUGCGGCCGCACGACGACGCUGGGUCGGAACGGCUCGGACUACACGGCGACGAUCAUUGGCGCGUCGCUGCAGGCAGACUAUGUGGUCAUCAACACGGACAUUUCCGGCGUCAUGACGGCCGACCCGCGCAUCGUGCAGAGCGCAACGUCCGUGGGCCACUUGAGCCACCACGAGGCCCUCGAGCUUGCGAUUUACGGCACGCGCAUGUUUCAUACACGCACAAUGCUGCCGCUCAUCAAAUCUGGGGUCACGAUGCUCAUUCGCAACACGAUGGACCCGCAUGGCGGCGGCACGUACAUUAGCGGCCUCUCGACAAUCGACAAGGCAGUCACGUGCACCACGUCGCUUGAAAAUCUCUCGCUCAUCGAGGUGCGAACGCGCAUUCUGCAGGAAGGCGACCGGUCCGAGCUGGGCUACACCAACGUCGGUGCCCGUGUCGUGCAGUGCCUCGAGCAGCACCGCGUGAGCAUUUGGCUGUCGAUUCGCGCUGCCCACGGUCAGUCGAUUUCGAUUGUUGUGCCAGCGGCACAGGAGGAGCUCUCCCGACGCGCCAUCGCCGACGAGCUCAAGCUCGAGCUCGAGCGCAACGAAGUCGACGCGCUCAACGUCGAAAGCCCCGUGACCAUGCUCUCGAUCGUCGGCGAGAAGCUUAACAAAGCGUCGACGAACGGUGCUAAAAUGUUCUCGGCCCUCGCUUCGGCCGGCGUUGAUGUGCUGGCCGUCGGCCAAGGCACGAGCUCGCGGUCGCUGAGUUGCAUCAUUCAAGGCGCGCAGACGAAGCUGGCGGUGCGGCGGGUGCACGACGCGUUCAACGUCUCAACCAUGGUCGUGAGCAUCGUAUUGCUUGGCUGCAACCGCAUCUCGCUCGCCGUGCUCGACAAGCUCGAGGAGCAAGCCGAGACGUACCGCCAGCGCCACAACGUGGCGUUCCAUAUCGUGGGCUUUGGCUCCCGCUGCGCGGGCUUCCAGUUCAACGCGAGAGGCCUUGCGACCGCCGACAUGCGUGCGACGAUUGGGUCGUGCAUGACGCCGCCGGUAUUGGGCAGUGCGCCGUCGUACCACCACAGCUCUGGCGCGGCGGCGCAUGCGCUGCCGUCUGCGGCUGACUUGGCCGCAUUGCGAGACCUGUCGUGCCCGAUCCUAGUCGACUGCUCGGGCUGGUCCGACAAUGGUGAACUCUACGCCCAGUGCCUUGCCAACGAGAUCCACGUCGUCGUGUCCAACUCGGUCUCGGCCAACGCGCUGCCAGCGACAACGUCGCUCAACAUCGCAGCGCCCAAGCGCUUGAACCCGAGUCCGUGCUUCUUUUUGUACAACGCGGCGCUCGGUGCGAGCUUACCAGUGCUCGAUACGCUGGCGAAUCUGCUCCAAACGGGCGACCAGCUGCAGCGAGUCGAUGCCGCGCUCAGCGGCUGCCUUGGAUACAUUGCCGACCAGGUCAUGCAAGGUCAUGCCUUGUCGACGGCCGUCCAGAGUGCAUGGGACAAGGGCUACAUGGAGGCCAAUCCGCUUGUGGAUCUCAGUGGUGCCGAUAUGCAGCAAAAAAUCAAGCUCUUUGCCCGCGCGCUGGGCGUACAGCUGGACCUGGACCACAUUGCGGUGACACCGUUCGUUCCGGCUGAGAUUCUGGAUCAAGUGCGCUGGGAGCAAAACACGGUCGAGAUUGGCCGCCUCAUCUCGGUUCUGCAGACGUACGAUGCGACGUUUGCAGCCACGUUCGUCGACCCCGCGCGCCGCGAUGGCAAGCGCGUGCGCUACGUGGCGGCGGUCGAGCUCGAUGCACUCGGAACCGUGCGUGCGUCCGUGGAGCCGCAGGUCGUCGACGAAGCACACCCCGCGUUUCGAACCCAAAAAGAUGAAAUCUCGGUCGGCUUUACGACCGUCGAGUACAGCUACCGACCGCUGACGCUGACGGGCAGCGGCACGGGCGGCAGCGCGAGUGCGACGGGUGUCGUGCGCGACAUUCUCACCAUCGCCAAGCACUUGCAAGGCAACGCGUAGAAGGAGCCACUUCGAGCCCCGCUUCGACCACGCCUCAAAAACAUUCUUCCGCGCACACUUUUUAUUCAUAAAAUGGCCACGAGUUGGCGGUGAUCGCAGACUCGUUGGAGCUCGUACACCAUUCAAGUCGACUCAAUCGAGUGUCGUUUCCAAUCGAUAGAUUAUAC